AACUCAGGUGUAUUAAUGUCUUUGUCUUUUUUAUUCCUUGAAGGGGACAAAGCAUUUGCACAGUUUCUGACAGAUGAAAUUAAAGAGGAGAAGAAGAUCCAGAAACAUAAAUCCCUGCCCAAGAUGUCUGGAGGGUGGGAGCUAGAAGUGCAUGGCACCGAGGCUAAACUGGUGCGGAAAAUAGCUGGUGAGAGGAUUACCGUUACAUUCAACACUAACAACAGCAUUCCACCAACGUUUGAUGAAGAACCACAAGAAGGACAAAAACCUGACGAACAGGAGGAGCCUGAACUUACAUCAACUCCUAACUUUGUUGUGGAAGUAUCAAAAGAUGACCCCAAACAGACUCUUGUGCUUGACUGCCACUAUCCUGAGGAUGAGAUUGGACAUGGGGAAGAAGAGGAGAGUGACAUUUUCUCAAUUCGGGAGGUCAGCUUUCAACCCACUGGAGAAUCAGACUGGAAGGACACCAACUACACUCUCAACACAGACUCCCUUGACUGGGCUCUGUAUGACCACUUAAUGGAUUUCUUGGCUGACCGAGGAAUAGACAACACAUUUGCUGAUGAGUUAAUUGAGCUCAGCACUGCAUUGGAGCACCAGGAGUACAUUAGAUUCCUUGAAGACCUUAAAAGCUUUGUCAAAUGUCAGUAGAUUAGGAAACUAAGUCAAAGCUUACAGAUGUGGAUCUCUUGUAGCAGUGCUCUUACCAGCAGCUGUCACCACCAGUAAGUUUAAAACUUCAAGGUGGGGUGAAUACAUCAUGGAAAACAAAAUGAUUCUGUAACUUGUCAAUAAUUGCAUUUCAGAUUUAAUUUAUGUUGCAGCCUGGAUUUAUGUUUUAUGUAAUUCUCAUGCCUCCUGCCAAUUUGGGUAUUUUUGUAUAAUUAAGAAAUACAAUACAGUGACACACACAAUAAAAUCUGCUCAAGUAAAAAAAAAAAAA